CGUAGCCCAUCACGUGAUGAGGAAAUGCCGUUAACAGCGUAUUCCCAGCGUCCCCGACGCUCUGGGAUGACGUAAGCCGUGAGAGGCGGGGCGGGAGGGGAAACUGAAGCUCCGGUGUGGCUCACGGUGCGUGGUUUGAUUCAGGAGUACUGUGCCUAUUACUCAACGGAGUUUGAGCUUUCAGGCUAAAUGACCUUUGUGCCUGUGAUACCGGAGUCCUACAGCCAUGUUCUUGCAGAGUUCGAGUCUCUGGAUCCAUUACUUUCAGCCCUGAGGCUGGACUCCACUCGUCUAAAGUGUACAAGCUUAGCUGUGUCUCGAAAAUGGCUAGCCUUGGGCACUUCAGGAGGAGGACUCAAUCUCAUUCAGAAAGAAGGCUGGAAGCACAGGAUUUUCCUUUCACACAGGGAAGGUGCAAUUUCUCAGGUCGCCUGUUGUUUACAUGAUGAUGAUUAUGUUGCUGUAGCUACCAGUCAAGGUCUUGUAGUUGUUUGGGAAUUAAAUCAAGAGCGUCGUGGAAAACCAGAAAGAAUUUAUGUGUCUUCAGAACACAAAGGCCGAAAAAUUACAGCUCUCUGUUGGGAUACAGCUAUUCUUAGAGUUUUUGUAGGUGAUCAUAUGGGGAAAGUUUCUGCCAUCAAACUCAACACUUCUAAACAAGCAAAGGCAGCUGCUGCCUUUGUGAUGUUUCCUGUUCAGACAAUAACAACAGUUGACUCCUGUGUUGUCCAGUUAGAUUAUUUGGAUGGAAGACUACUUAUAUCUUCACUUACUCGAUCCUUCUUGUGCGACACUGAGAGAGAAAAAUUUUGGAAAAUUGGAAACAAGGAAAGAGAUGGAGAAUAUGGGGCUUGUUUCUUCCCUGGAAGAUGUUCUGCAGGCCAGCAGCCCCUAAUAUAUUGUGCUCGCCCUGGCUCCAGGAUGUGGGAAGUAAACUUUGAUGGAGAAGUUAUAAGUACACAUCAGUUUAAGAAACUCCUGUCCUCGCCGCCUCUCCCCGUGAUUACUUUAAGAUCAGAGCCUCAGUAUGAUCAUACAGUUGGAUCCUCCCAGUCCUUGUCUUUCCCCAAACUUUUACAUCUUAGUGAGCAUUGUGUGCUGACUUGGACAGAAAGAGGAAUUUAUAUUUUCGUUCCUCAGAAUGUUCAGGUUCUUCUUUGGAGUGAAGUCAAAGAUAUUCAGGAUGUGGCUGUCUGCAAGAAUGAGCUGUUCUGUUUGCACCUAAACGGGAAGGUCUCACGUCUUUCCCUGUUGUCUGUGGAACGCUGUGUGGAACGCCUGCUAAGGAGAGGCCUGUGGAACCUGGCUGCUCGAACUUGCUGUCUUUUCCAGAAUUCUGUCAUUGCCAGCAGAGGAAGAAAAACUUUGACUAUAGAUAAAUUGGAACAUUUGAAAUCUCAACUGGACUUAACAACCUAUGGUGAUCUAAUUUCUCAACUGGAAGAACUGAUCUUAAAAUUUGAACCUUUGGAUUCAGCUUGUAGUAGUAGAAGAAGCUCCAUUUCAUCACAUGAAAGUUUCAGUAUCUUGGACUCUGGUAUUUAUCGUGUCAUUAGUAGUAGAAGAGGCAGUCAGUCAGAUGAAGACUCUUGUUCCCUUCACAGCCAAACCCUUUCAGAAGAUGAGAGACUUAAAGAAUUCACCUCACAUCAAGAAGAGGACCAACCAGAUCAGUGUUGUGGCUCACAAGGAACUGAAGUGACGUUUGAGACGGAUAAGAGUGAAACUUUUCUCCCCUUCAGCAUCCCACUGUCAUUUCGUUCUCCAUCUCCUCUAGUGUCUCUUCAGGCUGUCAAGGAGAGUGUUUCUAGCUUUGUGCGUAAAACUACUGAGAAGAUCGGCACCCUUCACACUAGUCCUGAUCUGAAAGGGAGACCAGAACCCAGGGGUGAUGAGCAGUCAUGUGAAGAAGAUGUGAGUCCGGUCACUUGCCCAAAGGAGGAAGACACUGUGGGGAAAGAAGAAGUAGCCAGUCAACCUCCAGAAGAAGAUGAGUUACAAGAGCUCAAAAUAGCAACAGCAGAAGCCAUGACCAAGCUACAGGACCCACUGGUUUUGUUUGAACCAAAGUCUCUGAGAUUGGUUUUACAGGAGUGGCUUUCACACUUAGAAAAAACAUUUGCCGUGGAGGACUUCUCAGGCAUUUCAGAUACUGACAACUCAUCCAUGAAAUCAAACCAGGAUAUACUAUUGCUUGAUGGGUCAAGAAAGGGAAUAUUAGAUGAAGAACAUGAAAAAGAAAAAAGGAACUCUUUACACAAUGAAGAAACUGUUCAUCAAACAGCAUAUGAGUCUGUAAAUAGUCCGAGGGAGCCCUUGGAUGAUGACCUUUUUCGAGUAUGUUCUCCGUGCAGUAUAGCAAAUGAUCUUAUGAAGGACCUGGCUGAAUUGACAACGUUGUGUUUGGAAUUGAAUGUAUUGAAUUCUGAGAUCAGAAGUGCAGGUGGAUGUGUGGAUCACACUUUGCAACAGUGCUCACCUGAAAUUCUGGCUUGUCAUUUCCUAAAGAAGUACUUUUUUCUCCUGGACUUGAAAAGAGCAAAGGAGAGCAUCAAGCUGAGUUACAGUAACAGUCCUUGUGUUUGGGAUACUUUUAUUGAAGGAUUGAAAGAAAUGGCAAGUUCCAAUCCUACAUAUAUAAAGAUGGAAGAAGGAGACCUCCCAGCAAAAUUAAAGUUACUGGAUGAUUCGGUCCCUUUUGACAGUCCUUUGUUGAUUGCUUAUGCUACCCGAUUGUAUGAGAAAUUUGGAGAAUCUGCCCUUCGAUCCUUAAUCAGGUUUUACCCAUCCAUUUUGCCUUCAGAUGUCAUGCAACUUUGUCAUUAUCACCCCGCUCAGUUUUUGGCCUAUUUAGACAGUCUGGUGAAAUCAAGGCCUGAAGAUCAACGGCCAUCCUUCCUUGAGUCCCUUCUACAACCAGAGUCUUUAAGAUUGGAUUGGCUGCUGUUGGCAGUGUCCCAUGAUGCUCCCCCAAGCACCAGCACUGUAGACGAUGAAGGAAAUCCCAGGCCUCAUUCCCACUUGUUUUCCUGGGGUUACAGUCAGCUAAUCCUUCAUCUAAUUAAACUUCCUGCAGAUUUUACAACAAAAGAGAAAAUGACUGACAUCUGUAGGUCUCAUGGUUUCUGGCCUGGAUAUCUUAUUCUCUGUUUGGAGCUGGAGAGAAGAAGAGAGGCCUUCACCAACAUUGUGUAUCUGAAUGAUAUGAGCCUGAUGGAAGGGGACAAUGGUUGGAGCCCAGAGACUGUGGAGGAAUGGAAGCUGCUUCUACACCUCGUACAGAACAAGAGCACAAAGCCAGCCCCCCAGAAGCCACCAAACGGGAACUUCAGUGAUGGGCCUUCCCCUGUCAAUGUGGAGAAUGUAGCACUCCUGUUAGCUAAGGCUAUGGGCCCAGAUCGGGCCUGGUCACUAUUGCAGGAAUGUGGUUUGACCCUUGAGCUGUCAGAGAGGUUUACCAGGACCUGCGAUAUUUUGAGGAUUGCUGAGAAAAGGCAGAGAGCCUUGAUACAAAGCAUGCUUGAAAAAUGUGAUCGGUUUCUCUGGUCUCAGCAGGCCUAGAGGAGGAAGAUUCAGCAGGGUGUCUCGGCAUUUUGAGAAAAACUGAAUCGUGCUCCUCAACCUUCUGAAAUCAUUUGCUAUUGAAGGAAAGGCCCCACCUGAGAUCCCUGCAACCUUAUUGGGAGCACUUUUGUGUGUGUCUUUAAUGUCUGCAUUUGUGGCUCUAAUUGUGACCUCAGUGUUUUCCAGUCAAAGUUCAAUUUGAAAAGGAAUCAGUGCUUUUUUGCCGAAAUGAAGUGCUCUGGAAGGAGUCAGAAUGUGAAUGUUCCCAGCUGUGCCAUGCUUAUUCUGAACAACAGCAUUAUUUUUCCUUGCUAGUUGGCUGGUGGAAUUCUUUUCCUUUUGUGAUUGCCAUAUAGGGAGCAGAAGUUUCUCAUCCUGGUUGCAUGCAGACAUAAGUGUAAUUGACAGAAAUUGAAUUCCUUUUUUAUCUUGUCUGGGACUAUUGAGAAAUUACUGGAAAAAGACCUGGUAUAGUGGAAUUAACACAUAAAAUAAGUGAAACAAUGAAGAUUCAAAUUAGAUAUUUUAAAUGAAAUGGCCCCAUAUUUAAACUGAGCUAAUUUAAAACCUGUUUUUUUUCUAGUAUUUGACAUUUUUAAACCUGAAUCUAUAUGUAACUAAUUGAUUACUAGAAAUGUUUUACUAUAUUUUUUUCCUAAAAAGAGUCGCCCAAAGGAAUCAUGCACUUUUAAAAAUUGUUUUUUAAAAGCCAUAAUAGAGGAAGGCUGAGUGCUGAUAAAGACUGCAACACGUGCUCGUAUUCUUUAAGCCAAGUACUAGAUUGCACUCCUCAGGCUCCUUAUACUCACACUGCAUGUUAUAUUAAUACUAAAUGUAAAAUCUGAUUAAAAUUUUUAUUUGAAUAGAAUAUAGACAUGAGAUUUAUUAUGGACAAUUUGCAGGAAGUUGUGGGGUAAACCUCAGUGUGGAGUAAGCAAAGUAUUGGAUACAUUGAAUGAUUCUCUUCUUUUUUUCAUUUAUAAUGCAUAACCGUAGGCACAAAUUGCUGUCAUACUUCCACAUGACAUUUGGAUAUGAUGAAACCAGAUUAACUGAAGAGAUUGCCAGAGGAGGGAGGCUUCACCAAGCUUCUUAGAAUUUUGAAAAGUGUAGAAAGCCUAAUCAUUUUGGUCACCAGCGUGUGGUGGGGUAUGUGUGGUGUUUCCCUCCUCAAGCAAUUCUCCAGUACUAGCUGGGUGUCCUGCAGUUCUCGUUUCAUUACCUACUCAGAGAGAGCAGCACAUUCUGCAGGGUCAGGGGUCAGCCACACAAGAUUGCUGCCACUUCAGAUGCCGGUCACAAGUCCAGGUGGUUAACUAUACAGGCAUACCUCUUUUAAAAAAAAAUAUUUUUUUAAUGAAGUAUGGUUGGUUUACAAUGUUGUAUUAAUUUCAGGUAUACAGCAAAGUGAUUCAUGUAUAUAUAUAUAUUCUUUUUUAGAGUCUUCUCCAUCAUUGGUUAUUACAGGAUAUUGAAUAUAGUUCCCUAUGCUUUACAGUAAGUCCUUGUUGUUUAUCUAUUUUAUACACAGCAGUGUGUAUCUGUUAAUUCCGAACUCCUAAUUUAUCCCUCCCCAUGCAUUUUCCCUUUGGUAGCAGUAAGUUUGUUUUCUGUGUCUGUGAGGUCUGUGAGUCUGUUUCUGUUUUGUAAAAAAGUUCAUUUGUGUAAUUUUCUUUAUGGGUAAUUUUUUUAGAUUCCACAUAUAAGUGAUAUUAUAUGGCAGUUUUCUUUCUCUUUCUGGCUUACUUCACUUAGGAUGAUGAUCUCCAGGUCCACCCAUGUUGUUGCAAAUGGCAUUAUUUUAUUUUUUAUGGCCAAGUAGUAUUCCAUUGUAUAUAUAUACCACAACUUCUUUAUCCAAUCAUCUGUUGAUGGACAUUUAGGUUGCUUCCAUGUCUUGGCUAUUGUAAAUAGUGCUCCUGUGAACACUGGGGUGCAUGUAUCUUUUCAAGUUAGCCUUUCCUGUGAAUAUGUACCCAGGAGUGGGAUUGCUGGAUUGUAGAGUAAAUCUAUUUUUAGUUUUUUGAGGAAUCUCCAUACUGUUCGCCAUAGUGGCUGUACCAAACUACAUUCCUGCCAGCAAUGUAGGAGGGUUCCCCUUUCUCUACACCCUCUCCAGCAUUUAUGGUUUGUAGACUUUUUAGUGAUGGCCAUUCUGAAUAGCCUCAUACAAUGAGGUGAUACUUCAUUGUAGUUUUGAUUUCCAUUUCUCUGAUAAUUAGCAAUAUUGAGCAUUUUUUAAUGUACUUAUUAUUCUGUCCACUUUUUGAUUGGAAUAUUUGGUUUUUUGAUAUUGAGUUGUAUGAGCUGUUUGUAUAUUUUGGAAAUUAAGCCCUUUCAGUCACAUUAUUUGCAAAUAUUUUCUCCCAUUCCAUAGAUUGUCUCUUGUUUUGUUGAUGGUUUCCUUUGCUGUGCAAAAGCUUGUAUUUGUUUGGGUCCCAUUAUUUAGUCUUGCUUUUUUUCUUUUGCUUUGGGAGACUGAUCUAGGAAAAUAUUGCUGUGGCUUAUGUUGGAAAAUGUUUUGAGACACACCUCUUUUUUAUUGCACUCUGCUUUAUUGCACUUUGCAGACAUUGGUUUUUUUUUUUUUUUUUCCAUCCACAAAUUGAAGGUUUGUGACAACCCUGUGUUGAGUAAAUCUACUUACUGGCACAGUUUUUCCAAUAGGAUUUCCUCACUUCCUGUCAUUGUGUCAGAUUUUUGUAAUUAUGUAAUAUUUCAGACUUUUUCAUUAUUGUAUUAUGGUAAUCUGUGAUCAGUGAUCUUCAGUGUUACGCUGUAAUUAUUUUGUGGCACCACUGCACGCAUGUAAAAUGGCAACCUUAAUUAAGAAAUGUAUGUGUUCUGACUGCAGCACUGACUCUGUUGUUCCCCGUCUCUCUCCCUCUCUCUGGGAGACACAACAAUAUUGGGAUUAGGCCAGUUAAUAACCCUAUGGUGACCUCUAAGUGUUCAAGUGAAAGGAAGAGUUUCACAUCUCUCACUUUGAAUCAAAAGCUGGAAAUGAUUAAGCUUAGUGAGGAAGGUGUGUUGAAAGCGCUACCUCUCUUUGAUUCUGUGACGGGUGAGAGAGGUGAGGAAGCUGCAGAAGAAAAGUCUGUAGCUAGCAUAGGUUGGCUCAUGAAGUUUAAGGAAAGAAGCUGUCUCCAUAACAUCAAAGUGCUAGGUGAAGCAGCAGGUGCUGGUGUAGACGCUGCAGUGAGUUAUCCAGAAGAUCUGAGAUAAUUCCUAAAGGUAGCUACACAGAACAACAGGUUUUCAGUGUAGACAAAACAGCCUCAUAUUGGGAAAGGAUGCCAUGCAGUACUUAAUAGCUAGAGAGGAGAAGUCAAUACCUGACUCCAAAGCUUCCAAGGACAGGCUGCCUCUCCUGUUAGGGGCUGAUGCAGGUGGUGACUUUAAGUUGAAGCCAAUGCUUAUUUAUCAUUGCAGAAUCUAUGGGUCCUUAAGAAUUGUGCUAAAUCUGCUCUGCCUGUGCUCUGUAAAGGGGAUGACAGCGUGGAUGACAGUACCAGUGUUUACAGCAUCACAGUUUAAUGAACAUUUUAAGCUCACUGUUGAGCCCUACUGCUCAGAAAAAAAAGAUUCCUUUCAAAAUAUUACUGCUCAUUGACAAUGCAUUUGGUCACACAAGAGCUCUGAUGGACAUGUACAAGAUCCGUGUUUUUAUGUCUACUCAUACAGUACCCAUUCUGCAGCCCAUGGAUCAAGGAGUAAUUUCAACUUUCAAUCUUACUGCUUAAGAAAUACAUGUUGUAAGGCUGUAACUGCCAUAGAUAAUGAUUCCUCUGAUGGAUUUGGGCAAAGUAAAUUGGAAACCUGGAAAGGAUGCACCAUUCUAGAUGCCAUUAAGAACAUUCACAAUUCAUGGGGAGAGGCUAACGUAUUAACAACAGGAGUUUGAAAGCUCUAAUGGGUGGCUUUGAGGAGUUCAAGACUUCAGUGGAGGAAGUAACUGCAGAUGUGGUGGAAAUAACAAGAGAACUAUAAUAAGAAGUGGGGCUUGAAGAUGUGACUCAAUUGCUGCAAUCUCACGAUGAAACUUUAACAGGUGAGGAGUUGCUUCUUAUGAAUGAGCAAAGAAAGUGGUUUCUUGAGAUGGAAUCUACUCUUGGUGAAGACUGUUGAAAUGACAGCAAAGGAUUUAGAAUAUUACAAAAACUUAGUUGAUAAAGCAGUGACAUUGUUGAGAGAAAAUUGACUCCAAUUUUGAAAGAAGUUCUACUGUGAGUAAAAUGCUAUGAAAUAGCAUUGCAUGCUACAGAGAAACCAUUUAUGAAAGGAAGAAUCAAUUGAUGUGGCAGACUUCUGUGCGGUCUUACUUUAAGAAAUUGCCACAGCCACUCCAGCUUCAGCAAACAACACCCUGAUCGGUGAGCAACCAUCGAUAUGGAGGCAAGACCCUCCACCAGCAAAAAGAUUAUAACUCACUGAAGUCUCAGAUGAUGGUUAGCAUGUCUUAGCAUUAAAGUAUUUUUAAAGUAAGAUAUAUACAUUGUUUUUUAAAGAUAUAAUGCUUUUGCAUGCUUAAUCGAUUAUAGUAUAGUGUAAACUAAAUUUUACAUGUGCUGGGAAACCAAAAAAUUCAUGUGGCUUGCUUUAUUGCUAUGGUCUGGGACCAAACUCACAAUUAUCUCUUGAGGUAUGACUAUGCUUCUGACUGACGGGCUAUGAAUCACAGGUUCCUGUGACUGCUCCCUUGGGUUCAGUUAAUUUGGUAGUGUGGCUCACAGAACUCAGAGAAACGUGUUACUUACUAGGUUAUCAGUUUAUCCUCAAAGGAUGUCAUUCAGGAACAGCUGGAUGGAAGGGCAAGGAGCUUCCAUGCCCUCUUCCAAUGCCACUCUCACUGAAUCUCCACGUGGGCAACACCUGGAAGCUCUAGAUAAAGCAGUGGCAGGAUUGAGAGGGGAGAUGGGCUGGAGGUUGAGUUUAAUCACCAGUGGCCAAGGUCGGAAAAUUCCAACCCUCAAAGCACAUGGUUGGCUCCACGGGCAACCAGCUCCUAUCCUUAGGUACAGUCCAAAACUCAUCUCAUUAAUGUAACAAAUGACAGCUUUCUCACUCUCCUCCCUUUGGAAAUUCCAAGGAUUUUAGGACCUCUAUGCCAGGAAAGAGGAUGAAGACCAAAUACAUUUUCUUACAAAUCACAAUAGCACACCUUCCCAAUAGGAUCAGCUGGAUCAUGGCUGUUACUAGAGUAUGUUGAAUGUGAGUGUGUACUAAGGGAAUGAGGGAGAGCUCUCCUUUCACAGUCAGCUUUUGCCAUUACACAGUGACUGUCCAGAAGAGGGCCCAGAGGAGAUCGCAGCAGGAGGAGACAGCCUGGCACAGUUGUGCAAUCAUUUCCCUGCAGAUUUUUCUAGGGCACGUCACAGCAAUCCUCAUUUUCCAAGAGGGUACAGAGAAUUUUCUAGCAUUAAAAAAAAAAAAACAACAAAAACUCAUUCGGCUAGACAUUAAAAUUUGAAACAGUCUACUUGGUUAUUAGGCAGAAUUUUCAAGUACAACUUGUGAUCUUUCACUUGCCUAAAAAUGCUGGCAGACUGAUUCCUGGUUGCCUCAUUUUUACUUUUCCUUCCAGACAUGACCUGUGUUUACCAGGAGUACAAGGGUAGCAUAGUGGCCAAGAGCUUGGGUUCUGAGGCAGACUUUCUGGCUUUGAAUAUCUGCAUUUGUACAAACAACUUUAUAGAGAAGUUACUUUGUUUCUCCAAGUUUCAGUUUUCUCAUAAUAGGGCUAAUAGCACUUGCCUAGGGUAUACUGGGGCUAAUAACACUUGAUUAGGGUAGUUUGAGGCUUAAAUUAAAUAAUGAAAGUGAUUCACACAGUGCACAGAGUGAGAUUCAAACUACCCUGUUGUGAUCAUUAAAUGAGACUAAAAUGCAGAGCAUAGUGCCUGUGGCAUAAUGUCUACUUAAUAAAUGUUAGCUGUUAUUUGAAAGAUUUGGAAUAUCAUUUCAUCUGGUAGUGAUCAGACCCGUGUAAAUUGGUUUACCUGAAUCAGAGUGAGUGGUAUUAUUGCAAACAACUUCGCAUGCCUGAUAGUGAGGCUGUUGCCAAAAUACCAGCCAAAUAACUCAGAGACCGGGUCUUGGAGCUUAGAAGGGAAGAGGCAGCUUUAUUGCUUCUCUGGGCAAAGGGGGCUCACAGCAGGAUUGUGCCUUCAAAACUGUGAACCCACCUUGGGGAUGGGAUGGGGUGGUUGUCUAGCCGUAGCUCAAACAAUAAAGCAUUGAUAACAAUCAACAGAAUCCUCUUCUCAUCAGAAGACUUAGAAUGGCGUCAUGAUGGCUCCAGGCGACCAGUUCUAUAGAGGCCAGUGGUUGUCACUUUUUUGAUCUCUAUCUCGUAAGCACUCAAGGCUUGGUCUUCUUGGUAUUUAGCCUACUUUGUAAGGUUAAAUUCUGUGACCUUCUCCCUGGAGAUCGACUCAGAGACUGAGGCGGAAAGCCCCAUAAAAAGACCAGCAGGACCCCUAGGCAGGGCCGCUGCUCUCCUCUUAGCACCGUCCGGUUCCCUGGCCCAGAGGCUCUAUCUCACUUUUUGUUUCUAAAGCGGCUAACUUACAUCCAGAAUUGUAUUGGUUCCCUGAGCUCACUUCUGAUUGGUUAUUACUCUCACUUCUGACUGGUCCACUUCCCUAAUUUCUGAUUGGUCCAUUUGUAGUACUUCAUUUGCAUGGAGCUCACUCCUGAUUGGUCUAUUUCUACAAAGCUUGUUUCCGGUUGGUCAACUUCUGUUGUACUUUAUUUGCAUAUGAUGUUGCUAAGUGUAAAACUGGCAGCCUAUAAAAGGCCUGUGUAAACCUACAGACGGGGUCCAGAGCUUGAAGUGUUAACUCCUCUGGGCCUGCUGGUAUGGUGUAAUAAACCUGAGUUCUCCAACUCUCCGAGUGCUGCUUGGUCUCUCACCCGGAUCCAGGUUGCUGUCACAACUGAGCUGUAACACAUUUUUCUGCAACAAGACCAAGCAUGAUUACAGCUUUUGAUUACUGGAAUAAAGUAGAAAACAGUGAGAAUAAUAGCUUUAGUUUGAACAAUGGGCCUGGAACUGUGACUAGUAACCGGUCAGUCAAGUCAGUUGACCAUUUUAAGGGCAAGCAUAAGAAUAAGCAAUCUGUUAGCCUAAAUGUGGCCAUUUUAUUAAUCCUCUUUCAAGGCCAAAGAAACCAAGAUGGCAGAGUUUGGAGCAGAGAAAGGUUUAUGCAGGGCCAAAUAAGGAGAAGAGGUGAUGCAUGCACAAAAACCUCCAACUCCCCAGUGGUUUUCAGGGAGAAGUUUUUAUAGGCAAAAUUUGGGGUAAGGGCUACAGGAUGUGUGACUUUCUUCUGACUGGUUGGUGAUGAGGUAACAGUGUGGUGCUCCACGAAUCUUGUGCUCAGCCUGAAGUUGCCAUCUAGCCCGUGAGUGGGGGCCUUAGUUCCUUUGGAAGAACUCAAAGAUAAGGUUUUGUAUAUUACUUGAGGAGGAACCAGGAUCCUUCUUUAAGUGCUGCACUGUUGUGUCUUGAUUGCUUCUCCUUUGUUUCUGCAUUCCCUCACUUCCCUGAUUAGUAACUGUUUGAAUCUGCUCUUUGGUAUUCAGGAAAGUCUAGAAGGCUGAAGCCUUUAUCCUGCAAAUAAGAAAGAAGACACAGAAAGGCUUUGGUACCCAGAAGGGUCCCAGUGGGAAGAUGAAAAGUGAAAUUAAUAAUUUCCUUGUGUGUAUUAAUUUGUCACUGCCCUGGUCAGGGCUCAAAACUUUGUUAUCAUCCUUGCGUCUUCCCCCUUCUUCAAACCUUGCUUCCAGUUACUAGGUAAAUCUGAUGCAGGAAAAAUGGAUGUGGAGCAUGAGGGCCAUGUCCCAGGCUUCCGUUGAGCCCCUGGGACGUGCCACACCAAGUGUGGGCCCUUGGCUUUGUGCUGGAAAGAAUUCAAGAGCAAGCCACAAUUGAAUAAAGGUAGAUUUAUUUAGAGAUACAUUAAAAGGCAAGAAAAAGGCCAUGAAGUGUGGGGGUUGGGUGCUCAGAUUACAGUAAAAUUAGGCACACACUCCAUAAAAUGUGGGCCAUCUCUGGAAGAGGGAGAGGGAAAGAGCAAGGUGCUCUCAGGUUUUUGGGCUGGGUAGCUUCAUAUGCUAAUAAGUGGAAGGACCAGUCUAACUACCUUGGGGAAGGGGCUGGGAUUCCCAGGAAGUUGGCCACUGGCACUCUUUGACCUUUUGUGGCUAGCCUUGGGACUGUCAUGGUGCCUGUAGGCAUGUUAUUCACCAUACUAAUAUAUUACAAUGGAUGUAUAAUGAAGCUCAAGUUCUGCUGUAAGUCAAAGUUCCCACCAUCUUGAGCCUCAAGGCCUACAGGGGGUUGAAUUAGGCCUUGGUGUUAAUUGCUGUGCUAUUCCUUGAAUGUCUGUGCCGUGCCCCCUUCCUGUCUCAAGUCCCCUCAAUUCUACAUUAGUGGUGUUUUCCGUUAGUCAUUUAUUUUUCCAUUUUUUAUUUCCGCAAGCCCACACUUUCAUUACUUCUUGCCUAGAUAAUUGCAACAGUCUUAAGGGAAGUUUCUUUACCUCUGUUAAAAAACAAAAUUCAACAGAGUAAAUUUGAAGAUCUAAUUGGCUUUAUUCAGUAAUUCAUGAAGCAGGCAGCACCCCAUCUAGCAACGAGAAGAGUGCUCCAAGGAGGUGUACCAAAAGGAAGGCUUUUAUAGGAGGAACGAUAGGACAAGGGAGUUAUUAGCAAAAGAAAAGGAAGGCUUAUUUUUAGGUCUGGACAUCUACUUUGGGGGCCUAGGGGAACCAUCAAGACUUUUAUCAUGCAGAUUGCAUCUUCUUCCUCUAGGAGAGGAUGGAGGGGGCCUAUGUGACAGAUUAUUUCUUUGAUGCUGACCAGAAAAUUCCACUGGUUAAGAUUACAUUUCCGGGGAAGGUUGAAGCUGCAAUUAAGUCAAACCUAGGUUUGGUAUCAUGGGCUUUAGCUCGAGUGACACCUUUUUGGGCCAGUGGCUUUCCUCUUUACCGCUUCUAAAUACUGCCUUCCCCACCACCACCACGCAGUCUCAGCACAUGAAGAUGGAACUAACAUUAGGUGUCACCCAGUCAGGUGAUCACAAACUUGCCACACAUCCGAAUCACCGGAGGGGCUUGUUAAAAAUAUACAUGCUAGUGGUUGCCAAGGGGGCCAGGGGUGGGAAGGGACAGACUGGGAUUUCAAAAUUUUAGAUACUGACAGGCAUAUGCAGAAUAGAUAAACAAGAUUAUACUGUGUAGCACAGGGAAAUAUAUACAAGAUCUUGUGGUAGCUCACAGCAAAAAAAAAAAAAAUAUGUGACUGAAUAUAUGUAUGUUCAUGUAUAACUGAAAGAUUGCGCUCUACACUGGAACUUGACAAAACAUUGUAAAAUGACUAUAACUCAAUAAAAAUGUUAAAUAUAUAUAUACACACACACACACACACAUGCUAGGAUCCUGCUGCAGGCCUGGAAUUUGUAGCUCUAAGGACUAACUCAACCUCCUUCAACUUGUCUCCUACCCCCGCAUUGUUCCUAAAUUUAGAUGGAGAGUUAUCCUAGCUUCUAGAUAAACCUAGGCCCCGAGACAGAGUGAUUGUCUGGGUCUCAUGGGAAGUUAACUGGGGAUCCAUUGUCAGAAUCCUGCCCUCUUGAGGCACAACUUUAAUCAAGAUGCUUCCCAUUUAGAAAUUUCGGUGGCUCCCUUUAGUUUUCAAAAUGAAGCCCAAAUCCUUGAGCUUGGUAUUUAUGGCUGAUGAAACAAAAUUAUUUUAAGCCAGACAAGAAAAAAAGUUAACAAAAUUUUCACUGCUGUUUGAGCUACUCUCCCCUCUCCUUUAGUGUACAUUGUGACCUGCAUUGUGCAUUAACUUGGUUCCCUUAAAAAACACAGGAAUGCUUUCUUGCCAAAGAGGAGGGAAAAAAAAAAAAGAAGCAAUUUCCUCCUAGUGCCAACAAAGUAACUCCUUCAGAGUUUACAUUUCCUUCCUUAAUCCUGUAAGUAGGGUUCCUUCCACUACUCCCCUUGUUUGACUGUGUAAACUGUCAGUAUGUCACUUGGAUGUCUAACCCUUUGUCUCAAAACCUUGUAUAACUGCUUUGAUCUCUAAUGGGUGGAAUGGUCCUCAGAGCUUUCUGAAGGACUAUCUCCUGGGUUGUAAUCUUCAAGGUGGCUUGAGUUAAAUUCUCUAUUUCCUUCUUAGAUUGGACUAUUGAUUAAAGUUUUUCAUUGACAAGGC